GGGCCCCAUUGUGGGAUCUGUGCACGCGGUCAGGGGAGCUGUUCGAAGCUCCAGCCCUCCCCUCCCUCCCCAGUGCUGUGCGAGGGCUGUCACCUCAGUCCUCCUGCGGCUAUUCUGGGCUGCUGUCUGAUCUCCCUCUCUUUCCCAGUCCCUGCUUCAGCCCUUCUGCUGAGAGGAGCCGGGUGGGAGAAGGCCAGGCCAGUUACGUAAGCCUGUGGCUGGGACCCCGGGCGGCCAGGCUGGAGAGCAGGUGCUUAGCCCCUCCCUCACCACCAACAGUGAAAAUCUCCCGCUGGAGCCCAGCCUGGGGGUGGCCCAGCAUGGAGGCAGCCAUGGCUCUGGAGGUGGCCUUGGGAUCCACACUGAAGGUGAAAGAAAUGAGCCCAGCCGAUGCUGAAGGACCCCCAGCUUCAUCUCAACAAGAGUCCGGCAGCCCCAUUCCCCAGCUCCUGUCCCCAAUAGAAGAGCACCCCAAGAUCUGGCUACCACGGACCCUGAGGCAGACCUAUAUCUGCAAGGUUGGAGACACUGUGAACCUACAAAUCCCAUUCCAGGGCAAACCCAAACCUCGAGCCACCUGGAAACAUGAUGGCUGUGCCUUGGAUGCCAGCCGUGUGAGUGUGUGGAAUGGGGAGCAGGACUCCAUCCUCUUCAUCUGAGAAGCCCAACGUGCUGACUCGGGUCGCUACCAGCUCAGUGUGCAGCUGGGAGAGCUGGAAGCCACUGCCACCAUUGACAUCCUGGUGAUUGAGAGGCCAGGUCCUCCGCAGAGUAUCAAGUUGGUGGACGUUUGGGGCUCUAGUGCUACUCUGGAGUGGACACCUCCCCAAGACACAGGCAACGCGGCACUCCUGGGAUACACCGUGCAGAAGGCUGACACAAAAUCUGGGCUGUGGUUCACGGUGCUGAAGCGUUAUCACCGCACCAGCUUCACGGUCUCCAACCUCAUCGUGGGCAACUCCUACGCAUUUCGAGUCUUUGCUGAGAACCAGUGUGGGCUCAGUGAGACUGCUCCCAUCACUGCUGACCUUGCCCACAUCCAGAAAGCAGCGACUGUUUGCAAGACCGAGGGGUUUGCGCAGCGAGAUUUCUCUGAAGCCCCAAAGUUCACCCAGCCUUUGGCAGACUGCACCACGGUCACUGGCUAUGACACCCAGCUCUUCUGCUGCGUCCGCGCCUCUCCCAAGCCAAAGAUCAUCUGGCUGAAGAACAAGAUGGAAAUCCAAGGCAACCCCAAGUAUAGAGCUCUCAGUUACCUGGGAAUCUGCUCUUUAGAAAUCCGCAAGCCUGGUCCCUUUGACAGGGGCAUCUACACCUGCAAGGCGGUUAACCCCCUGCGGGAGGCGUCUGUAAACUGUCGGGUGGAUGUGAAAGCUCCUCAUUGAGGCUCCCCGAGAGGAUUAGUGCAACUCUGACAAAGGUAAGGAAAGAGGGCCCAGGGUUCUGAAUGGAGUAAGUCAUGUUUAUGGCUAGUGUUGAGUCUGGGACAGAUACGUAUUCCUGGGCCUUUCAACCAUGCAGUCACUGGUGACUACUUUCCUUUUAACCCCUUUUUUUGGUAAGCUCCUACUCUCAUCUCCGUGGAAGUAGUUUAUCAUAGAUGGUACUACUUUUGUCACAUCCUCUAUCUAUCUGUACUCAAGUUGAUGAUGGGUAUUAAACCUAAUGGUCUUCUGAAAAGGAGUGACAGCAUCUACCUAACUUUAAGCAAGUUCUGUGGGAGGGAGGCGGGCAGGUGCUAUAAGAAAAGGCA